ACCAUCACUAACUUCCUUAAAGACAUUCAAGUAAACCUAUAAAACAGAUGACACAAGUCAAACUAUAACCGGAAACAAAAGAAAACUUACACUUGGAGUUGGCGUUUUAGCUCUUAAGCUGGCCAAAUAAGGCUUCAAUCUUUCCUCAGAAAUUCUGAAGCAACCUAAACCCAAAAAAAAAAAAAAAAAAAAUUAUAGGAAGAUGACUACGUUUGCACCAAAAAUCAAACUUAGCAACGGCCAGGAGAUGCCUUCUAUUGGUUUAGGCACAUGGCGCUCCCGCGAAUCAGAUGCGGAACUUGCCGUGAAAGAUGCUAUUGACCUGGGUUAUAGACACGUCGACACUGCUUUUGUGUAUGAAAAUGAAGACGAAGUGGGUCGUGCCAUCAAUGCGAAAAUAUCGGAAGGCAUUAUUAAACGUGAAGACAUAUUCGUGGUUACCAAGUUGGGUGGCAUCCAUCAUGAGCCUCAUUUAGUAGAACACGCGUGCCGCAAGAGUUUGUCGAGUCUCGGACUGGACUACAUCGAUUUGUAUCUUAUGCAUUUUCCGGUUGGCCAAAUACAUAAAGGGGAUGGCAAUGUCCACGGCACUUUGGAGCUUUCUGAUGUGGACUACCUAGACACUUGGCGUGCUAUGGAGAACCUUGUUGACUUGGGGUUGGUGCGUGGUAUUGGCCUGUCAAAUUUCAAUUCGCACCAAACAGAACGUGUUCUGCAGCAAUGUCGCAUUCGCCCGUUGGUCAAUCAAGUGGAAUGUCAUCCUGGAUUUAAUCAAAAAAAGUUGAUAGAUUAUUCACGACAGCAUGGCAUUGUUAUUACUGCCUAUUGUCCGUUGGCUCGCCCCAAACCAGAUCAACAAUGGCCUCCCUUUCUGUACGAUGACACAGCAAAGAAUUUGGCACAAAAAUACGGGAAAACAACUGCGCAGCUCUGUUUGCGUUAUCUAUUACAGCUAGGCACUAUUCCUAUUCCGAAAUCUGUUUCCAAAAGUCGAAUUGCGGAAAACUUUGACAUUUUUGGCUUUGAACUGAGCGAAGAAGAUAUGAAAAUCGUGGACGGAUACCAUACAGGGCAACGGUUAGUUCCCUUUUCGGCUAUGAGUCACCAUAAGUACUUUCCAUUCAAUGUAGAGUUCUAACUGUGUUAUAUGUACAUAUAUUUAUUUUAUAUAUUAUAUUUUUACAACAAAUACAAAUAAAAAUAUAGAUACAUAUUUAAAUGAAA